UAUUAACAGAAUAUAUAAAAAAAUAUUCUAAAUAACAAAAAUCCUUCAUGACACAUAAAAAACCUAAACUAAUCACUAUAGCAUUGCACUUAGAACAGAAAGCACAAACUAAAACCUAACCUUCCUGGCCUUCCUUGAUGCAAAGUCAUCUAUAAUGUCAUCAUAUGAAAUGUUCUCCCCUACUGAGUGAUUGAUACUGAUGACGGCCAGGUUAGUGAGUCGCUCCUGAGACAUGGUUGACCUCAGGUAGGACUUGAUCAACUUCAGUUUUGAAAAGCUCCUCUCUGCUUGAGCCACAGUGACUGGUAGAGUAAGAGCAAUCCUGAGAGCAGUCCAAAAGUUGGGGUAGAUCUCCACUAGAUCUUUAUCAUGGAUGAAAGUGAUAAGCUCGAUCAGGCUCAUGGUUGUUGAUGGCAGGUUAGGGAAGUUUUUGAUUUCUUGCACAAGCUCUCUACCAUCCAAGUCAGAGUUCCCAUCAAAGUGCAGUGUGGUGCUCAGUUCCUCACAUUGCUCUGUCAGCUCCUCAUCUGCAAGGCUUGGAAAAUUGGUCAAAACCCCAAAUUUGUUUUGUACAAUUUCCAGUGUGGAAAACCUCUCCUUGAUGGCUGACGUGGCUGCAUCAGCAACAACAUUAAAGAAUCCAACCUCCAACUUUUUAAGGGCAUCACUGAAAGGCUCAUCAUGGGAUUCAUAUGAAAAGUGGCACUUUGUGGACCUCAACCUUUUUUGUUUCAAAACAGCCUCCACAUUCAUUUCUUCACACAUGUCUUUGGCUGCCAUCUGUGCUGUCACAAAGCCACUUGCCCUGUAGCUGUGGAGACCUUGCUCAGUUUUCUUCAAAAGACUCACAGCUAGGUCCACAUGCAUAUUUGGAGACUGCAUGAGUUUGCUGACAUGCUGUAUUGCAGAUAGAAUGUCAUACCAAACAACCGUGCAGAUGCUGAAGCGGUACGAUCCCACCUCCUCAGACAAAGACUGGGCCUCCGUCUUUAUAGCAGGGUCUUUGGUUUUGUCUCUCACCUCAAUUAAAGCCUCUCUCACUGCAGCUCCCUGGUACCUCAUGGGCUCCACACUUUUGACCUUGCUCUCCCACCUUGUUUCUGACCACAUCUUUAGAGUGAUGCUCACAUGGUUCUUCAAGCUGGCCCAUCUUUGGGCGGAGGCUGAAAAUAAAGUGUAGAGCUUUUGCAGAACACCAAAGUAGCUCAUUGCAUCAACAGAUCCCUUAGCAGCAUCACAUACAACUAAAUUCAAUGUAUGUGCUCCACAUGGUACGAACAGAGCUCGGGGAUUCUUUUCUAAGAGCCUGGCUUGAACUCCCUUAUUUUUGCCUUUCAUGUUUGCCCCAUUGUCGUAUGACUGUCCUCUGCAGUCUUCAAAAGGAAUUCCUAACUCCUCGAGUCUUCUCAAGAUCAUGGAUGCCAAGUGCUGGCCUGUGGACUCCUCUGCCUCCAAAAACCCCAUAAAAUGUUCCUUGAUCUGGGGCUUCUCCAUCAGUGACACCACUCUAAUGACCACUGACAACUGUUCUGUGUGGCUUAUAUCCAGGGUGCAGUCCAGAAUUACUGAAAAAAACUUUGCCUCCUUGAUGUCAUUCACUAUAGUAGAUAUGAUUUUGCUGCUCAACAUAUCAAUAAGUUCAUUUUGCACAUGAUGACCUAGGUAGCUGUUGUGACUUGCUGUUCCUCUUCUGACACGGUUAAGGUGAUCUUUCAUUAUGGGAUCAAAUCUGGCCAUCAGUUCAACCUCUUUGAGAAAAUUCCCAUUUGAUGGUGUGAAAAGUGUUUCUGUGUGUCCUCUUAGAGCCAAAUUUCGAACUGCCAGUGACUGCACAAUAGCAGUGAGACGAGUCAAUACUGCUCUCCAUCUCACCCGCUCAUCCUCCAGAAGUGCCAUUUCCUGCUUAUCAAUAGUUUUCCCACUUCUUAUCCUCACUGCCAGUUCUUUCCACGCUUUCAUGGAAUGGAGGUGUUCUGUACUGUUUUCAUGUGAUGUGAGAUAACUCUGGAGGCAUAGUAGCCGAGGAUGUAGAUGGAAGCUCAUCCUCAAGGGUCAAGGCUGUGGGUGAUGUGGACGAUGGCAGGUCUUGUCCAGCAGGGGAGAUUUUCAACAGAUGGUUCUGGUUAAAUAAGAAGCUUCAGAAGAACAGAGUGCUCGUGUCAACCACCAGCACCUAGAUUUUCUCCACAAACAGGAGGAACUGGAGAAACGCUGGUCUAGUAUGGAGGGAGAGCGUCUCCAUUUGAAUAUGGAGACUGAUGCUGCCAGGUUUCAAUCCUUAAGCCAGAAAACACAUUUAAACAAACACACGAGAGUCCAGACAAAGCAGAAACAUUUUGCCUGUGAGCACUGUGGACAAAGGUUUCACCAAAAGACUAGUUUAACCACACACAUGAGCGUCCACACAGGAGAGAAGUCUUUUGUCUGUGAGCUCUGUGGAACGAGAUUUAGCCGAAAGAAAAACUUAACCACACACAUGAAAGUCCACACAGGAGAUAAGCCUUUUCCUUGUGAGCUUUGUGGACAAAGAUUUAGUCACAAGGGAAGUUUAAACACACACAUGAGAGUCCACACAGGACAGAAGCCCUUUCCUUGUGAGCUCUGUGGACAAAGAUUUAGUCACAAGGGAAGUUUAAACACACACAUGAGAGUCCACACAGGACAGAAGCCUUUUGCUUGUGAGCUCUGUGGUAAUAGAUUUAGUGAAAAGGGAAGUUUAAACAAACACACGUGCGUCCACACAGGAGAGAAGCCCUUUCCUUGUGAGCUCUGUGGAACGAGGUUUAGCCAAAAGACAGCUUUAAACAGUCACAUGAGAGUCCACACUGGAGAGAAGCCCUUUCCUUGUGAGCUCUGCGGAACGAGAUUUAGCCAAAAGACAACAUUAAACACACACAUGAGAGUCCACACGGGAGAGAAGCCCUUUCCUUGUGAGCUCUGUGGACAAAGAUUUAGUCGAAAGGGAAGUUUAAACAAACACAUGAGAGUCCACACAGGACAGAAGCCUUUUGCUUGUGAGCUCUGUGGUAAUAGAUUUAGUGAAAAAGGAAAUUUAAACAAACACAUGAGCGUCCACACAGGAGAUAAGCCCUUUCCUUGUGAGCUCUGUGGAACAAGAUUUAGCCAAAAGACAGCUUUAAACAGUCACAUGAGAGUCCACACAGGAGAUAAGCCCUUUCCUUGUGAGCUCUGUGGAACGAGAUUUAGGCAAAAGACAAAUUUAAACACACACAUGAGAGUCCACACUGGAGAGAAGCCUUUCGCCUGUGAGCUCUGUGGUAAUAGAUUUAGUCAAAAGGGAAGUUUAAACACACACAUGAGAGUCCACACAGGACAGAAGCCUUUCGCCUGUGAGCUCUGUGGUAAUAGAUUUAGUGAAAAGGGAAGUUUAAACACACACAUGAAAGUCCACACAGGAGAUAAGCCCUUUCCUUGUGAGCUCUGUGGAAUGAGAUUUAGCCUAAAGACAAAAUUAAACCGUCACAUGAGAGUCCACACUGGAGAGAAGCCUUUCGCCUGUGAGCUCUGUGGUAAUAGAUUUAGUGAAAAGGAACGUUUAAACACACACAUGAGAGUCCACACUGGAGAGAAGCCUUUCGCCUGUGAGCUCUGUGGUAAUAGAUUUACUGAAAAGGGAAGUUUAAACACACACAUGAGACUCCACAUUGGAGAGAAUUCUUUCGCCUGUGAGCUUUGUGGUAAUAGAUUUAGUCAAAAAGGAAGUUUAAACACACACAUGAGAGUCCACACUGGAGAGAAGCCUUUCGCCUGUGUGCUCUGUGGUAAUAGAUUUAGUGAAAAGGGAAGUUUAAUCAAACACAUGACAGUCCACACAGGAGAGAAGCCUUUUGCUUGUGAGCUCUGUGUAAAAAGAUUUAGCCGAAAGACACAUUUAAACAGUCACAUGAGAGUCCACACUGGAGAGAAGCCCUUUCCUUGUGAGCUUUGUGGAAAGAAAUUUUGCUUAAAGUCACAUUUAAACAAUCACAUGAGAGUCCACACAGGAGAGAAACCCUUUGCUUGUGAGCUCUGUGUAAAAAGAUUUAGCCAAAAGUCAACUUUAAACAUUCACAUUAGAGUCCACACUGGCUUUUCGCCUGUGAGUUCGGUGGAAAAGAUCUACCCAAAAGAUCCGUUUAAACGGUCACAAAAGAGUCCAUAAAGGACAGAAGCCUUUUGCUUGUGAGCUCUGUGGACGAAGAUUUCGCUGAAAGAAAUCUUUAAACAAUCAUCUAAGCAUCCACUAGGGCUGAAUGAUCUAUUGGAGGGGUCUCCAACCUUUUCUGGCCCGUGAGCUACUUUUACACAAUGAAAGUACAGCAGAGUUACUGUCAUAUGAUUUAUUUACAUUGAUACUUUCCAUGUGUGAAUAUGCUUAUGUUAAACAUGCUAUACUUACUAUAUUAACAUGCAUUGUACUCACAAGUUGAUUUCUCUGUAUUUCAGUUCAUCAGUAUAUAUAUUUUAAAAGUAUAAGUAAACCAGUGACAUUCUGAAAACCAAAUUAAACAAAACAUAUUUAGUUUUUUAAACUAAUCAGAUACUUUCAGAUAAUGAAUAACAAAUCUACUUCAUAUGAAUGAUUUGGUAAUUUUUUAGAAGGUUAGUAACAUAAUUUUUUCAGCGCACAGGAACAGCUAACCUGUAAAGCUGAUGAUAUGUUAAAUAAAUACAAGCUAAAUGUGAUGAAAACACAAAAGUCUAAAUAGUUUGAAUUGAAGUAAAAAAUGUAAAAUCAGAAAUAAGACUUGUUCCUGCUCUCCUGAUGUACUGAAUAAUUUUUAUGGGGUUCUUUUUUUGGUCAUGAAAGUUAAGUUUUGCUGCGUUUAUUGCUGACAAUAUGAAGGUUGGAGGUUUAUCCAUUUUUCUGCAUCUUGUAAGUUUUUUUCUCCGCACGUCUCUAAAUAAAGUAAAAUUUUCUAGUGCAGAGUGGAGACAACCCAUAGAAGCACUGAUUUGAUCUCAUUUCAGAGAAAAAUAGAACAGGUUAGAUCAAGGGUGGGCAAUCCUGGUCCUCGAGGGCCACUAUCCCACAUGUUUUACUGUUUUCCCUGUUUCAACACACCUGAUUUCAAUCAGCAGGAGAUUAGCUGGCUUCUGCAGCUUGAUGAGCUGCUGAAUCAACUGUGUUGGAACUGGGAAAUAACAAAAAUAUGGAGGAUACUGGCCCUCGAGGACUGGAGUUGCCCACCCCUGGGUUAGAUGCACCUAAUAAAUAAAAUUAUAACAAACUCAGGAAUCUGUUUCUUUGCUUCACUGUUCUGGUGCUGAGAAUAUCACUAAUGCGGAUCAAAGGAGAUACACAGAUGAAUGCACCUCUUAUUUAUUAUUUGGAGACUACAUUUACUGCAGCUGGCAGAGGCACAGAUUUUUUCUAUUGAUACACGGAAUUUACAGAAUCGUUUUAAAUGUUAAUAGGGGAAGACUGCAGGAGGGAGCGGUAAAAUACAGGGGGUCCCCAGCAAAAACAAACUUUACGAGCCUGAUGAAACCCGCUGGUUUUCCAUCAGGCAGUCACGGGGCAGCUCCAACGACCCAGUGGCUGUGCUGGGUCAAUGUUAUCGAGCUCAGUCGAGGAGACGUCGUGCUCUGCUUAAGAAGAGGUGUUAUUUUCCUGCUUCAGAAGAAGCGUUCAACGUGUUUUUACGCUUUCUCCGAGACAUGUCAUGUCGCUAAGUUGUUAGCGCCGCGCGAUAACACGUCAAUAGUGCAGCGUAGCCUGCUGGAGGUUUUAAGGGUUCAGAUGAAAACACCCGACCUCUCAGGCUGCUCACACAUCGAUCUUAAGUUGUCGCUGUUGCGCUCACAUCGUAAUACAGUAUUAGAUGCGGUUAAAGUCAGACGUGAAAAAAUAAAAUAAAUUUUACAUGAAUAAGUGAUGCUUAUCCUGGUGAGGCGAGGAAACCCUGUCAAGAUCGUCAACGCUCGUUUAUCUUAAUGCUAUUGAAACAUGUAAACCAAAAAGCAUUAUAUCCACUGCUACCUUUAUGCUGUAACUUCACCCUGCCCUGCCUGCUCCUCCUUGCUGCCUGCCGGCUGUGAUCACAAGCGACAACAUAGUAGUUCCCGCUGCUUCCUCGUGAAACGCCUAUGUAAGGGAAACCCUGGUGUAGUUACUGUGUAAAGCAGUAUAUACUAUGAAUGAUUAAUAAAAAUAAAAACUAGAAUUGAACCUGAGUUACAUGGUAAUAACAAUUUAAGAACUCAGAAACAAUAAUACACUAACUUACUAAGUAAUUACCAUGUAAGUACUAAGUUAUUAGAGGACUGUAAAAGAAAGCGCUACCAAUAAUUGUACUUAAUAUGCUUUUAUGUUUGUGUGCUAUGUUCUGUGUCAAUAUUAUUUGAUUUGAUUUUACACAACAUGAUGUGACAUUUUAACUAUUUCAUUUCACUUGUGAUUGUUUUAACUAUGUGAAGCACAUUGGGCUACCGUUUUGUGUAUGAAAUGGGCUAUAUAAUAAACUUGACUUGAGAGAGA